AUGUACCCACCGGUCUACCCUUCGGAGAUCCGGUAUCGUCCCGGACGAAUCCAAAGCUUGAAUGCGACUCAGGAAAUAGCCCUCAAACAGUGCUGGGCUACGCUAUUGAAGCUGUGGGGCUACGACAUCUCCUUGUCCAACGACGACAUCUCCUUACCGGAGCUGUUUGUCGCCCUGUCCAUCGUGGACGUAGCCGAAGCACCUACCAAAUACCUGGCCAGCUUGAACUCCGAUGGCGAAUCCAUAGUUUCCGGAGUAUCGACCACUCUAACUCUUCUGACGACAGCAACGAAUCUGAGUGGGAAGAAGAAGAAGAAGAAGUGGGGUCUCUUCCGCACGAAACCCCUGGCACCAAAGCAAGUGCUGUCCCAGCGAAAAAUGGCAUUAGAUAACAGCUAUUUGGAGAAGUAUGCCUUCAUCAGCAAGGCUUCUGAUCACACCAGACACGUCUUUGGCCAGCAUCACCAGCUAAUGUAUGACGAGAAGAAGGACCCUCUUGAGGAGGAUGGCUGCGAUGACGAGUCAACUCUAGAGAAGGAGUCACUUAGCUCACUCGAGACCUUCCAUACGGCCCACUCGAGCCCUAAUCUGCAUCAUCGCCCACAUGUGCGCCAAAAGAAGAGUUUCUCGCUCAAAUCGGUCAAAUCAAGUCAUUUUGUGCAUCCAGCAUUGAGCAAAGGCAAACCAAAGGUUGUUCAUGCGGGCAUUGUCCAUAUGCUCAAAAACGGCCUUUUGGAUAACAUGAUUCUCCGCUUCUGCCGAGCUCGUAAGUUUAAUUAUGACGAUGCAGUGCAGAUGCUCGUCAAGUCUGUGAUCUUCAAGCAGACUGAAUACCCUGCUGACGCUUGGGUUCGUGAAUCCGACGGACCUUCUUACAUCAAUGGCGAGAACCAAGGUUUCAUCAAGAACCUCACCACCGGGAAGUCGUUUAUCCGUGGUCAUGACAAGCUUGGAAACCCACUUUUCGUGUUCCAGUCCAGAAAGCACUUUGCUCAUGACUCUCCAUUGCAUGAGACCGAGAGGUUUGCCACAGUCAUGAUUGAGUGGUGUCGUCUCUUUUCCAGAGAAAUCAAUGACUCCGUUGAUGCUUUCACGGUCAUGUUUGACUUGACGGGCUUCUCCUUGAAGAAUGCCGACAAUGCGCCCAUCAAGUUUUUGGCCCAAAUGUUUGAGGCCCACUACCCCGAGACUCUCGGGUUCAUCAUUGUGCAUAACGCCCCGUGGAUCUUCUCUACGGUGUGGAACGUCAUCAAGAAUUGGCUAGAUCCUGCAGUCGUGUCCAAGAUUCAUUUCACCAAGGGCUACGAAGAGUUGGUGAACCUUAUAGACGCUGAGCAUAUACCGAAGUACCUUGGCGGAGAUGACACCGAUGAGGUGCCGUACAUCCCGCCAACAGUGCAUGACUUGAGACCCCCAAAGAGAAAGGACCUCAGAUACAAGCGUCUCAGGCAGCAGAGAGAUGAGGCAUUCAUGCGCUUCAUUGACAUCACCAAGAAGUGGUGUGAGAGCACCGAUCCGGAGGUCAGCUCGCGCUACCUCAGAGAUAAGAUUUUGCUCAAUUACCAGCUCUCCGACAACUAUGUUGAGCUCGAUCCAUAUAUCCGAAACCCAGGCAUGUACGACAGAAACGGGGCCCUCGUUGUGGGCAAUUAG